AGUGCUGCACUUACAACUCGUUACAAGUGCUGGACCUUCUACAAGUUUAACUUUUAUUUUUUAACGUAAAAACAAAAUAACUCUAAAAGUUAAAACCUAUACUUCGAAGUACCGAUGUUUUUUCUGGUUUGAUUUUCGGUUAUUGUUAUUUCGUGGUGAUGUUAUCUGGUGUUCGAUCCUGAACUGUCAGAGUGCUAAAUAAUCCCCUUAACUUAAGCCCUAUGAUUCCAGUCGAGAAACCAUGUCGUUUCCAUUUCACGCACUCACUCAUCCAUAUCCCCCGCAGCCUUUGCUGUUUCCACCACAGCCCAUGCGACAUCCACUGCCGCCUGUACCACCACAUCUGCAGCCGCCACUGUAUCAUCAUCAGGCUCCGACGGCGCCAAUCCCCGCACCUCACCCACGGGGGCCCCGACCCCCCUUGCUUCCCUUCGACCACCAUCAUCACAUUCACAUCCCCGUUUCGCCACAGCCAUCUGGCGAGCUGUCCCCCUCGUCCCGGUCCCGUAUUGUCGCCGUACCAUCGUCCCGAAGCACGGUUGAGCUUCCACCAGAUGUCGUCAUCCGAAUCGCUGCAGAGUUAUCCUUCAUGGGACAGUGCCUUGCCUGACGCACGGGGAUCUGAUAUUUAUCUGCGUGCCGUCCCUCCUCUGGAGCAACGGGAGCACUACCUCCGUCAGACUGUCCAUCCUGCAGUCCAUUCGCAUUAUGAUAUGUUACAUGAUGCUGGAAGACGAUUCGCUCGCACGGAUGCGCAAUUUAAACGAACAGCUGACUAUGACGAUGAAGAUAAUUCCCAGUACGGAACAAAACGCUUGCGUGUGGACUCCGCGCCCGAAGCAGCUAAAACACCGAGUUUUUUCCAAAAAUUAAUACACCCACAGGAUCAAGCAACGAAAAAAAUCCAUCCUGCAUCGAGGCUUCCGAUGCCGUCGCGGCCAGCACAAAUUGCGGUCGAAUCGGUGAAAAACAGUUUGCUCAAUGGCGAUAGCGUGCAUUUUGCGCGCGUAUCGCAUCCUGCGCAGCAGUCCACCGUCAGUAUUCUAUCCGAGAGCACCGACUCUCUGCCUGUAUCCUCCCGCGUGAUUCCCGCUGAUGCGGAUGCUUGGGAUGAUUCGGAUGCGGAGAUUGCGGCGGUGUUCGAUCGGGAUAUGUCGACACGGAAUCGUUCAGCGCACGAAAAUGUUCGUAGACGUUACAGGUUACCGCGGCUGUCGAAUGCGUUGGAGAAAGAUGUACUGAGUGGGAUAUUCUCUGAUUGGGAACGCGAGGACGCUGGCGACAGAAACGGGUGGGAUGGUGGUGAAAAUAGUCAUGACGCCCAUACGAAUUUCCUCCCACCAGGUGAACCAGGAUUUCCUGUGGACAUCGGCGUUGAACAACGUCUAAACCAUUCUGCACGCAUCCCACCGGCAUCCGGUCCAAUGCAACCCGCAGUAAAGUCACGGAUUGGACAUUUAUCAUCCGAUUUCUUAUGUUUGGAUGCAAUCAUGGCUGCUCUGCCAGACGAUAUUGCUGUCUGGGGCAUUAGUGGUUACGACAGAAUGCGGGAAAAUGGAGUUUAUCUUCAAAGAAGAGAUAAACGACAAAGAUCACAAAUAUGUUGCUGUUGUGGCGAAAGGACGCCGGUCCAGCACCACCGAUGUCCGCAGAUAAUGUGCGGGAUAUGCCACAGUUAUGAACACUUGCAGAAUGAAUGCCCUUUCCACUGGAAGGCGUUGCGUCUGACAUGCCGACGUUGCCAAUCUGUUGGUCAUUUAGACGCGGUCUGCACUGAAACCUGGCGGCAGUACCAUGCUACGAUUACAUCGGAUAGCGGCUUGAUUGUUUCACCGACGAGAAACAAACAGUUUUACUGCUGCAACUGCGCAGCUCCUGGACAUUUAUUCCACGAGUGCCGUAAUAAAAGGUAUAACAAAUACAUCGUUUCCUCACCAAAUUUGUUCGUGAAAUGCUACGACACGGCUGCAAAACUGAGGGUAUACCGCCAACAACAGCAAGUGGAAUCUCCAUUGGUUAACUUCAGCAGGAUGCUUUCUGGCACGAUGAGCGAGGAGGAUUGGGGAUUGAUGAGCGCUACGGAUGAUCCUUCAACGAGUUUCCGGAAACGCAUUCAUUCUGACAGUUCGCCGUCAGCUAGCCCGAAACGAAGAGGGCCACGUUGAAGGAGAAGGGUGUAACACAAGUACCAAACUGAAACUGGAUUCCGGAACUCUGGAUCUUCGAUCUCUGAUUGUUCUUUUGUACGCCUGGGUGCAUUGAGUUCGGUCAUUUUCGAAGUAUUUCAAGCAGGUCCAUGCAAUUUUUCAUGUCUCUUGCAGCGGCUGCGGAAAUUAUUUUGGCCUUUACUGGUUACGUGUAACUGUAGCCCUUUAAGAAAAUGCAGUCCUUAAUGGAAAAAGAAGAGCUCGUUAAUAAAAAUGA